AUGGGCCCUCUGUGUCCUGGGAACGAGAGGCAAAGACUGGUGCCUGAGCGCUGGCCCCUAAGGCAGGCCUUGCAGGUCUCGACACCAUUCAGUCUUGGUGGGACGAGCUUAGUGUGCAACUUGGGUGGAACUGGCUUUCCAAAUACAUUCCCUGAUGCCUUACUAUUUGUUCUGUCAGCUUUUUUCAGGAAGAUCUUCAUCUUGCAACUAGUAGGGCUGGUGCUAACUUACAACUUCACUAACUGUGACUUUGAGAAGAUUAAACAGAAAUAUCAGAAAACUAUUUAUGGUGACCUGAAGGAAUACAUGAAUGGGACCAGAAGUACCCGGUUCAACAGCACUGUCUCCUGUAACAACCGGGCAGAUUGCCUCGCUGCCAUCGAGCGCUUAACCUUCAGGUCCCCCCGCGGCUGCGCGUCCCUCGCCCGGGAGGCGUUUGCGCUGAGAACCGACGCGACCUUCACGCUCCAGUGCCCGGGCUACCCGAGCGCUCAGAUACAUAAUACCCAGGCAGUGAAGAAAAGAAAGAAAAGAGAAGUCACAACAAAUAAAUGCCUGGAACAAGUCUCACAAUUACUAGGAUUGUGGGGUCGUUUUUGUCGAACUUUUCGGAAACAAAAUAAACGAUCUUUAUUACAGUCAUAUCUCUCAGCAGGAAAGUAAAUCAUCUUUGUUAAGUAGGUGGAAAAUUAACUCUAACUGUGAUAUUUAAAACACCACCAAUGGUUGUUUUUUUAACUACAGAAAGGUUUCUUAACUUAUUUUUGCAAGCUUUUAUUUUUUAAUGUAAGUUUAUAAUGCAGGAGAAGUACUACCCCUCAAAUAUUGGGGAAACUUCUAUAACAUUGAUGAAUGGCUAAUGAUGGUAAUUCUCAGUUGGAACUGUAUAAACCUUACUCCAGGGAAAAAUCUAAAAGUGCAGCAGAAGGAGAACUUCCUCCCUUGAAGAAGGAAAAAUGAUGAACUCAAUGAUAGCAUCUAAAACUCUGUUUAAAAGGCAGGCAUUUCUUCUACAUGUAAUGACACUUGUGUUGUCAUACAAAAAAGUUACAAAAGAAGAAAAUAAAAGCAAAAGAGGGUACACAAAUGUUAUAAAUAUAAUGAAGCAAUUUGAAAUAAUUUUCAAGCAAAACAUUGUAAAAGUAUUGUAAGGCAAAUCUUUUAAGGCAAAUGGUUUAUACAAAUAGAUCCUGUAGAAGUACCUUUGUCAUAGCUACAAUAUAUAUUUUUUUACAUUUAUAGAAUGUAUUUUUAAUUUAUUUUGUGAGCACUUUUGAAAAUGUACAUGUUCCUUUGUAGU